UAACCACCUGCAUAUGUGUUUGGAAAAAAAAAGGCUUUGAGGGUCGUCAGCUGUUCCCUCCACUUUUCAGUCCACUUUAAACGCUUUUUUGGUUCUGAAGAGAUGGCGCUGUUUCUGGAGCAUGUUCAUGCUUCUUCCGCUUUGUGUAACAGAGCUGAUAGCACGGUGAGGUGUGUUCACAGGCUGUGUUCCUCAUUUACCAACAGUGCACACGCACAAAUCUAUGUGGAAAUCGUGAGCGUGACAAUGACGAUUCAGCGAUAUUUACAUACUUGGAUUUUUUCGAUGCUGCUGCGUCACUUUUAAAAAGGUCCAACAGCUUUGUUGUGAGCAGAGCAGCUUUGAGCUGCGUGGGGAGUUUGAAAUUCUUUAAAAGGGGCCCACCUUAAAGAACAGGAGGUCUCCAUCAGGUUAAAACAUGUUUUCAUGUCUUUGCUUUUCAUGGAAAAACAUUCUAUAGAUUAUUUUAAGCUUUCCUAUGUGGAUUUUUAUGGUCACUCAUGAGUCAGUCAUCUUAUAGAUGGGAAUUAAAAUGUGUUUGUUUUGCUGGUGGGACAGAUUUUAGGAUUUGCAUGUACAUAUUGUUAUAUUAUUAUCCAGUGUAUUGUUGUGUGUUGUUUCUUCUCUGGUUUAACUUCAAGGUUCUUCUACACACAGGAAAUACCUCCAUUGUGCAAACAGCCAGUCAGAGGACAGCUGAGAUUAAGGUGACUGUGCAGUGUGCAGAUCCUCUGCAGUCAGUGACGCUGUACGACCCAAACGACCCCACAGACCAGGAUCCCUCCAAUCCAGAGGAGCACGAUGGCAGCAACGUUUCCUGUCCAUCAUCACCUCCUUCGCCCUCGCCAUCCUACCACCCACCCCUCUCUGAGAGCAGCAAUGGAGACCCGGACAGUGACUGGAUUGAACAUAGGCGGACUCUGAGACCUCUGAGGAGGAAGAAGCGUAACCGUCCGGCGCUCAGUGUCACAAGCAACCGGAGGCGCUCGAGUCUGGCUCAGAGCUUCAGCUGCCACGUGUGUGACCGGGCACUGCAAGGGAAAGGCUUCCUACUCAAACACGUCCUGCACACCUGUGCCAGCAAUCCAGACUUUCGCUGCGGUUAUUGUGGGGAGUGCCUGGACUCUGCCGAUGGCCUGAAGGCUCACCUGCAGAUGCACCAGGACAAAAGCAAAACAUGCUCCUUCUGCGGGAAAACCUUCCAUUCCAUCCUGGCGCAGGAAAUGCAUGUGCGGUUGCACACAGGAGAGAAACCGUACAGCUGCAACUUCUGCGGCAAGAAGUUCAGUCAGAAGGGCAACCUGACGUCACACCUGCGUGUCCACGCAGAAGAGAAAGCCUUCAAAUGUAAAGAGUGCAGCCGUGCCUUCUGUCACAUGAGCUCUUUGGAGCGCCACAUGGAGGAGCACAGGAGCUCAGCAGUGCACACCUGCAGUGUCUGCAGUGAGGAGUUCAGUAAACGGAACAGUCUGCGGCAACACAUGGCAACUCAUCAGAAGAACGACAGCCUCAGAAUUAAGACGAACCGCACUUCAAUACCGUCCUUCCGCUGCAAAGUUUGCAGUGACACCUUUGAUAGGAAGACCCUGUUAGUGAAACACGUGGCGACUCACCUGCAAGACACGGACUGCCGCUGUGGACUCUGCGGACACCAUUAUGAGUCCUCUGACAGCCUUGCUGCCCACCUGCGCUCUCACCGCGAGGCUGGCGGCACCUGCAGCAUCUGCGGGAAGUGCUUCCCGGGACAAUCGGCGCUGCAGAUGCACCUGAGGAUCCACACUGGGGAGAAACCCUACAGCUGCAGCUUCUGUGGGAAGGCUUUCAACCAGAGUGGCAACCUGAAGACACACCUGAAAAUCCACACGGGUGAGCGGGCGUUCUCCUGCAGCCUGUGUGGGAAAGGCUUCACCCAAAAACAGACCCUGGACACACAUGUCCGCUUUCACAACAAGGAGCGCCGCUUCCUGUGCCAGGUAUGCGGGAAGGGCUUCAUGCAGGAUGUGGACCUUAAGAGACAUAUGCUGAUCCAUACCGGGGAGAAACCAUACACCUGUAGGGUCUGUGGGAAAAGUUUCCAGGCCAAACGCUCGCUUAAUGGGCACCUUAAAGUGCAUUUAGCUGGCCAGGAGGACUCGAGGCCAGAGCCGCAGAGGACAGCAGAGGACAGCUUCUACUUAGGAUUCACGCAGUUGUACGGGAUGUCUCUGACAGAAUCCCCACCAAGCUGCUGCGGCCUCCGGGCUUUGGCGGAAUCUGUGUCAGAGCUGCUGGCACGGGUUGCGGAGGAGGUUCUGGGCGCGUUGGAGACGCAGAGCGGCGGUUCUGGGUCCUCCGGAGGACCCGGCGGUCUGCUGCGGCCGCUGCUCGCCGAGCGGCUCGCGGCGGCAGCGCAGCAGAUCGUCGGGCUGCUGGAGCGGGAGGUGGAGGAGUCCCGACGGCAGCUGCGGCGGCUGGAGGCGCUGCUGAGCCCGGUGGUCCUGCUGAACCGGACAGACACAUCUGCUCUUUGUAAGGUCGCUGCUAAUGAAAGUCUCUGCCCACAGGCAAACUCCAUCCACAUGCCUUCACCUCUGCCCAGCCCUGCCUCCUCAGACAUCACCUGUGCAGCUAAAAGUGAUGACCACUGGAGAGGCAGCCAAAAGUCACUCUGCAUUAAAGGGACAGAUAGGAGAACCACAGAAAGCAAGUCCAGUGGGCAGAGACAGCGGACAGCAUUGUUGGCGCGCCCGACAAAUCAGCCUUGUGUCCUCUGUGGAAAGAUUUUCCGCCAUCGAGGGAAUCUGUUGAAACAUGUGAAAUUGCACUCAGACUCCCCCGAGCAUCUCUGCGGGGUCUGCAAGCAGCGCUUUGAGUCAUCAGACAGUUUGUCAGACCAUCUGAGAUCUCACAUGGAAACCGUGAGUGGUGGAGGCGGGACCUGCGGGGUCUGCGGGAAAAUGUUUCAGAACAUGGAGACACACAUGAGAAGCCACACUGGAGUUAAACCUUUCAGCUGCGUGCUCUGCCAGAAGAGCUUUCCCCGAUCCGGAGCAUUGAGGCGCCACAAAAAGAUUCACAGCAGAAGGAGCACUGACCCUUGCCCCGUCUGUGGACUCAGCUUUGCUCAGAGUGAACUUCUCCAAGAGCACCUGAAGAUCCACGAGCACGGUGGAGACCAAAAUGAGAAAGACAGCGGGAGUGAGGACAGUCAGCCGGACUCACUGAAGCCAAAGCGGGAGGGACCAAUGCCAGAUCUGAAGUCGGCAGUGCUCUACUGCAGAGUCUGUGGUGAUUCGUUCCACAGUCAAGGCUUCCUUAGGAAACAUGCCCAAAUGCACUGCAGGGAGUCAAAGAGCAUGUGUGGCAUCUGCGGACAGCAGCUCGACUCGCCAGAUGUUCUUCUAACACAUUUGCAGUCACACAGAGAGACUGGUGGGACCUGUGGUGUCUGCGGAAAGACUUUCCAGAACAUGGAGACGCACAUGAGGAGCCACACGGGCCUCAAACCGUACCACUGCUUGGUCUGUGGCAAACACUUUCCCCGGCCAGGUGCGCUUAGGCGCCACAAUAAGAUCCACAGUGGUGAGCGCCCGCAUGAUUGCAACCGCUGUGGCAAGACCUUCAUAGAGAGCAGCGCUUUGAAAACUCACAGAAAGAGUCACUCAUUAGAGGGUCAAGAUGGCGAGUCACCGGCGCACUCUCAGACCAGGACAUCUGACAUAGAGAAUGCCAGAAUGCCGCCACGCUGUAAAGUUUGCGGUGAGUCUUUUCACAGUAAAGUAAGUUUGAGAAAACAUGCCAAAAAUCACUCGGCAGAGUCUGUCUGUGGGGUCUGCGGUGAAAGUAUGCCACCAUCAAAAACGCUCACAGAGCACCUGCAGAGUCACAGAGACGCCGGCAAAAUCUGUCACGUAUGCGGGAAAACCUAUCAGAACAUUGAGACUCACAUGAGGAGUCACACCGGCAUCAAACCGUACCACUGCAGUGUCUGUGGGAAGUCCUUUCCGCGGUCUGGUGCUCUGCGGCGCCACAAGAGAAUCCACAGUGGGGAGCGACCAUAUAUCUGCGAGUUCUGUGGCAAGACGUUCAUUGAUAACGGCGCUCUCACCUUGCACAUCAGGAACCACACCAGAGACAAACCAUCCAACCGCAUCUCUUGCGAGACAUGCGGGAAGAGCCUCGCCUCCAUCCACGUCCUUGAGGUUCACAGGAGGAUCCACACAGGCGAGAAACCCUUCCAGUGCUGCAUCUGCGGGAAAGCCUUCAGGCAGGUGGGAGGGCUGAAUGCCCACAAGCUGACACACACAGGUGAGAAGCCAUUCAGCUGCAGCCUGUGCACUAAGAGCUUCAGCACCAAAGGUUACCUGGAGACACACCUCCGCUUCCACAGGAAGGAACGCGCGUUUAGCUGCCACCUGUGCUGGAAGGCCUUCGUCACCAAGAAUGACCUGAAAAAGCACCUGCUGACGCACAGUGGGGAGAAGCCAUACAGCUGCCGGCUCUGCGGCAAGAGCUACCAGGAAAAGCGCUCCCGGGACGUGCACAUGAAGGUCCACGCAGACGCCAGUGACGACCCAAUCACGGAGCAGGACACUUUGCAGCCACAGCUGCUGCAGCUGUAGAGACCAGUCCAGACCAGUUUGUACUGGUUUUACUAACUGAUCGGAGACAGAAAAUAUUUUCACAAGACCAAAUAAAAUCUUCCUGAAUAUGUAUGUUUUUUGGUGUUUGCAAUAAAAAAAAAAAGCUCCUGCAGGGCUUCGAAAACAGAGGGCCCUGAAAGGAUCCAGUUCUUUAACCCAGGAUUGUUUAUUCUAAGUUCCACUGAGUCCUGAGUUCCUGGUAAUGUGCUAAAAUAAUCCUGGGGUGAAUGAGUCAACUACUUUCAUUAAGAGUUUUUAGCUAAUGAGCUCAAAACAUGUUUGAGACCACAGGACACAUUUCUGAUUUUUUCCAGCAUUUUACUCUUCCCAAAACAUUUAAACAUUCAGAAAUAAAUAAUUUGGUUUGAUAAAAUGUUCUCAUAAGAAAAUUAAAAACUACAGAAAUUUAAAGGUGCACAAUUUAAAUGAAAAAUAAAAAUUUAGUUCGUAAAACAAAAUUAUAUUUUUUAAUUUCAUUUUCCAGUUUUCCUCCUAUUGAAGCUACUGAGUACAAAGUUCUUCAGUUAUUACAUUAACAGUAGCCAGUGCUGUUCAUUAUUGUAGCAGUGGGGUGAAUUUAAAACCUUUAUAUCAAACUGCUGCCAUGUUUUGUUGGUUUCAUGGCUCAGUCUGACUACUUUGAUUGAUGUAAUGUAGUGACCUCAGAGAAGAGCAGCAGAAUGAGUGUGUACAUGACAAAUGGUUUUGCUGUCCGUUAAAAACUGCAAACACGAGUAAACCAGAAACACUUUCUCAUGUCUGUUUUUUUUUUUAAAUUGGAAAUUUGAAGACCAACAAAAGGAAGUAAAACAACAUCAUUAAAACUUGUCCAGUGCUUUUCUGUUAAUACUCACUCAGUUACUGCUGUAAAAGUACCUCUGACCUCGACUUUUACUGCACUGGAGUUACUGUUUUUUGGGGAUGACUGCCACCAUCACUAAAUAUCAGGUUCAUCCUGGGUCUCCAGAGCUCCUCAGGGACUUGGACCAGAAUCUGCUGGUGAUUUGAGUUUAGCUCAGAGAAACACAGGUACGGACCAAUGACUGUAGAAACACGGACCCAUAUCAGAUACCCUGCCUUCGGUCUGAUCAUAGUAUCUGUAGAACAUCAGCAAUGAGAAACCUGGUGGUGACCUUCAGAAUGAGGAUCUUCAUUUCAGUCUGAGAGGAGAUCUGCAGCUUUGCAGCUCUAACCUGAGCUGAUGAGUUGUCUCGUCCCUGCCAGCAGCCAGUGAAGGAGUCUGCUCUUGUCUCAGGGCGUACUUACAUUUCUUUGCUUCUGCUCACCUUUAGAGCUUUCUGCUCUUAUAUAGCUGUGGACUCCAGUCUGGCUGCUACUGUUCAUUGUGUGAAAGUGCGUUUGAGUAGUCCAUGUUUCUGAUGAAGUUUCCUCACUGAGAGACAUGACCCUGUCUGUGUAUCUGUGUGGGAGCCAUAAUCAGAGCAGUUCCAGUUUCCAAACACUAAGGAAAGGAGUUCCUUUAUUGUUUCCUUUAGCAAAGGCCACACUGGAGCAUCCUUUGUGAAGAGGGAGGAGCUGAGAUAGGUGAUGCAAUUUUACUGCAGUCAUAGGAAUUCUAAGCAGAGCAGAACACAGCAGGUGAAUAUAAGAAAAUAAGAUGGAUUAAAUUUUAUAGGCUAACAGACAGAAUAACUAAGUGAGACAAAUUACUGUGAUGUGUUCAGUCACAGCAUGAUGUACUUAUAAUGUGCUGUAAUUUAUUUACAAAGACAGAGCCACUUCCCUUCAGUAAUAACUGCAAUCUACCAAGAGCAGAACACUAGUCUCUAUAUUAGUUGUUAAAAAAAAAUUAAAUGUUGUAAACUGUUUCACCAUAAACCUGAAAUCUGUGUGAACAGCUGGCCUCCACAAUGUAUAAAAAAACAUUUACUGUCA